AUGAGCAUGCAAGGAGGAUGGCCUGACCAAAAUGCUCCGGGACCUUCUCAAUACCGGUUUGCUAAUCCUGGUAUGAUUGCAGCCCGUGCAGCGACUGCUGCUCUCUCGAAUCCAUAUGGACAGCCCUUUGCGCAUUUUGGAUACCAGCAAGUACCCCAUUGUGCUCAAUACCGUCCAUAUGGAAGCCCAUCCGUCCCUUGCGCGAAUUCUGACGGCUAUACACUAUCAUCUACGUACGUUCCUGGCUCAUACAAUGGUGCAGGCAAUACCACGUCCGACCUUCCGCAACGGAGCAAUCAACGGCAUGCCCAUCACGGUCCGGUACCCACCCACUGGUAUCAGCCUGGAAACACAAGGUGCACGCAUGUUGGAUGCAAGUUUGUGGGCUCGAAGAAGGCUGUUGAGAUCCAUAUGAUGGAUCGUCAUCUGAUCUUUCCGCCUGGGUGGGAGAAUAGGAAGCGGAAAUCUGACUGGGAUGCAGACCCUAGUCUCAAGGGGAAGCCGAUUCCCAUCCAAGGUACUACCAUCAAGCUGAACACGCCUGAGGCUAUUGCGGAGUGGAUCGCUGAGCGCAAGAAGAGAUUCCCCACUUCGUCUCGGGUGGAAGAGAAGGCGAAGAAGAUGGAGGAGGCCAUCGCUCGUGGCCAGUUACCUCCUAUUGAUUCUCGGUUUCCUAACAGAAAACGGCGACGUCUGAACGAUUCAUAUGAGCAGACGAGAGGCCGUGGUCGUGGGCGCGGGCGCGGUCAGGGGAGGGGAAGAGUCACUGAGCAGGAACUGUGGACUAGAGACGAUGGUGAGACUGCGACACGGAGGACACACGAGCCCAUUCCCUUGCCCGCGCGCCCGUCAUUCUCUGUCGGAUCAUCUCCAUCUUCUACUGCAAAACCGUCUGGAAAAGUAUCCUCUCUUCCCAAUGUAGCGGCAGAUUAUGCCUCCGAAAGUUCUGAUGCAGACACGGAUUCGGACUCUGCGCCGGAGAUUGUCUCGUCAAAAGCGCCUUUAGCUUCGCUCGAAAGCGAGCCAGCUCAAGCCGACGAAGUUUCUUCUACAGCGGGCGGUCCUCAAAAAUCUGCCAGUGCCAACGUCGCUCGAGGUGCGGACGCAUCGACAACGCAGCAGGUCAAACCAAUCAAGAAGCCAUACGUUAAGCAUCCCCGGAAGCCACUUAACAAUCCCUUCGCCUCACGUCCAUCUCUUCUACGCAAUCUACUCACUCCUGAGAUACGCAUGACGGUGUCCAAUCUCUCGCAAGCUAUCCGAUUUCUUGUUGAUAAUGACUUCCUGGAGGAUGUUGAGCUCAGGGCGGGACAGGCGUCCGAGAAAAUGAUUGAGGUCAUAGGCUCUUCCACUGCAGCGGACGCGGAUAAUUCGGCUGUAGCAUCUUCCUAG